AUGGGGCCAGAGGAGGUGGAGAGGGGUCGAAACCACGCUCGAUUUGUAAUGCCUGAGGACGAGCAGUGGUUCAAUGCACAUAUUGUUCGUGCAAUUGAAGAAAAUAUCAACUCGGAGGUGAUAUCGUAUAUUCAUCCUGAGCCAUACUUUGUAGAUUUUCUCCGUGAGAUGCCUGAACCGACUGGUGAUGAACCUGAAGACAGUAUAUUUGAAGUGCCCAAAAUCUAUGAACUGGUGCCAUCCUUUGAAUUUCUGUCUGAAAAGCUCCAGUUUUACCAGAGACAGUUCAAUGAAAUCAUUAGAGGAACAUCUCUUGAUCUGGUCUUUUUUAAAGAUGCAAUGACUCAUCUUAUUAAGAUUUCACGAAUAAUUCGAACAUCAUGUGGAAAUGCACUGCUGGUGGGUGUUGGUGGGUCAGGAAAACAAAGCCUGUCGAGAUUGGCCUCUUUCAUAGCCGGGUAUCAGAUAUUCCAGAUAACGUUAACCAGGUCUUAUAAUGUGACUAACCUAACAGAAGACUUAAAAGUUUUGUACAAAGUUGCGGGGGCUGAAGGAAAAGGCAUCACCUUCAUCUUUACUGACAAUGAAAUAAAAGAUGAGGCUUUUCUAGAAUAUCUUAACAACCUGCUAUCUUCAGGGGAGAUCUCCAACUUGUUUGCACGGGAUGAGAUAGACGAGAUCACCCAGGGUCUGAUCGCGGUGAUGAAAAGGGAGCUGCCCCGCCACCCUCCCACCUUCGACAACCUGUACGAGUACUUCAUCUCGAGGUCCAGGAGGAACUUGCAUGUGGUGCUCUGCUUCUCUCCAGUUGGCGAGAAGUUCCGCGCCCGGUCUUUGAAAUUUCCUGGCUUGAUAUCAGGUUGCACUAUGGACUGGUUCAGUCGCUGGCCCAGGGAGGCGCUGGUCGCCGUGGCCUCCUACUUCCUUUCAGGCUAUAAUAUCGUCUGCUCUGCUGACACCAAAAGACAAGUUGUGGAAACGAUGGGCCUCUUCCAUGACAUGGUUUCAGAGAACUGUGAAAGUUAUUUCCAAAGGUACCGCCGGAGAGCGCACGUGACUCCCAAAUCUUACCUCUCGUUUAUAAACGGUUAUAAAAACAUUUACACGGAAAAGGUGAAAUUUAUCAAUGAGCAGGCUGAACGGAUGAACAUUGGUCUUGACAAGCUCAUGGAGGCAAGCGAAUCGGUUGCGAAGCUCUCGCAGGACCUCGCAGUGAAGGAGAAGGAAUUGGAAGUGGCGUCUGUGAAAGCAGAUGAGGUGUUAGCAGAAGUCACAGUAAGUGCUCAGGCUUCAGCCAAGGUGAAAAACGAGGUGCAGGAGGUGAAAGACAAAGCCCAAAAAAUUGUGGAUGAAAUUGACAGUGAAAAAGUAAAAGCUGAGAGCAAACUCGAGGCCGCGAAGCCUGCCCUGGAGGAGGCAGAAGCAGCCCUGAAUACUAUCAAACCAAACGAUAUUGCCACGGUCCGGAAACUUGCAAAGCCCCCGCAUCUUAUUAUGAGAAUCAUGGACUGCGUCCUGUUACUCUUUCAAAAGAAAAUUGAUCCUGUUACUAUGGAUCCAGAAAAACCUUGCUGCAAGCCGUCAUGGGGAGAGUCGCUGAAACUGAUGAGCGCCACGGGGUUCCUGUGGAGCCUGCAGCAGUUCCCCAAGGACACCAUCAACGAAGAGACGGUGGAGUUGCUGCAGCCGUAUUUUAAUAUGGAUGAUUACACUUUUGAAAGUGCCAAAAAAGUCUGUGGGAAUGUGGCCGGUCUGCUGUCCUGGACACUCGCUAUGGCAAUAUUUUAUGGCAUCAACAGGGAGGUGCUGCCCCUGAAGGCUAACCUGGCCAAGCAGGAGGGCCGCUUAGCGGUCGCCAAUGCUGAGCUGGGGAAGGCGCAGGCACUGCUUGAUGAGAAACAAGCCGAGCUGGAUAAAGUGCAAGCAAAAUUCGAUGCGGCAAUGAAUGAGAAAAUGGACUUGCUCAACGAUGCCGACAUGUGCCGGAAAAAGAUGCAGGCAGCCUCCACCCUCAUCGACGGCCUGAGUGGAGAGAAGAUCCGAUGGACUCAGCAAAGCAAAGAGUUCAAAGCUCAGAUUAACAGGCUCGUGGGUGACAUUCUGCUGUGCACCGGAUUCCUCUCCUACCUCGGUCCUUUCAAUCAGAUAUUUAGGAACUACCUGCUUAAAGAGCUGUGGGAGCUGGAGCUGCGGGCGCGGAAGAUUCCUUUCAGUGAAAACCUGAAUCUCAUUUCAAUGCUGGUGGAUCCUCCAACAAUUGGCGAGUGGGGACUGCAGGGUCUACCAGGAGAUGACCUCUCGAUUCAGAAUGGCAUUAUUGUGACGAAGGCCACCAGAUACCCACUCCUCAUAGAUCCACAAACUCAAGGCAAAACUUGGAUUAAAUCAAAGGAAAAAGAAAAUGACCUGCAGGUGACAUCUCUGAACCAUAAGUAUUUCCGCACACACUUGGAGGACAGCCUUUCCUUGGGCCGACCGCUGCUCAUCGAGGACAUUCGUGAAGAGCUGGACCCGGCCCUGGACAAUGUGUUAGAAAAGAAUUUCAUUAAAUCAGGCACCAAUUUCAAGGUGAAAGUCGGUGAUAAGGAAUGUGAUAUCAUGGAUUCAUUUAAACUUUAUAUUACUACAAAGUUACCGAACCCUGCCUUUACCCCCGAGAUCAAUGCUAAAACAUCAGUCAUUGACUUCACCGUUACGAUGAAAGGGCUUGAGAAUCAGUUACUAAGGAGAGUAAUUCUAACAGAGAAACAGGAGCUAGAGUCUGAGAGGGUUAAACUUUUGGAGGACGUGACUUUCAAUAAGCGGAAGAUGAAAGAACUUGAAGAUAAUCUCCUCUACAAAUUAAGUGCUACAAAAGGCUCCUUGGUAGAUGAUGAGUCUCUCAUCGGUGUCCUCCGAACCACCAAGCUGACAGCAGCUGAAGUGAGUGAAAAGCUGCACGUGGCCGCGGAAACGGAGGUCAAGAUCAACCUGGCUCAGGAGGAGUUCCGGCCGGCGGCCACCCGCGGGAGCAUCCUCUACUUCCUCAUCACAGAGAUGAGCAUGGUCAACAUCAUGUACCAGACCUCCCUGGCCCAGUUCUUGAAGUUGUUUGACCAGUCCAUGGCCAGAUCUGAGAAGUCUCCACUCCCUCAAAAGAGAAUUACAAAUAUUAUCGAGUACCUGACAUACGAAGUGUUUACAUACUCUGUCAGAGGCCUGUACGAAAACCACAAAUUCCUCUUCGUGCUCCUCAUGACCUUGAAGAUCGACCUCCAGAGAGGAACAGUGAAGCACCGAGAGUUCCACGCUCUCAUCAAAGGCGGAGCAGCCCUGGACCUGAAGGCCUGCCCUCCCAAGCCCUUCCGCUGGAUCCUUGACAUGACCUGGCUGAACCUCGUGGAGCUGAGUAAGCUCCCGCAAUUCGCAGAAAUCAUGAACCAGAUAUCUCGUAAUGAGAAGGGAUGGAAAAGCUGGUUUGACAAAGAUGCUCCAGAGGAAGAAAUCAUCCCUGAUGGAUAUAACGAUUCGCUGGAUACCUGCCACAAACUCUUACUUAUCAGGUCUUGGUGCCCAGAUCGCACUGUUUUUCAAGCAAGAAAGUAUAUUGCAAGUUCCCUGGAGGAGAAGUACACAGAACCAGUUAUCUUAAACCUGGAGAAAACUUGGGAAGAAAGUGAUACACGGACACCUCUGAUAUGUUUCCUGUCCAUGGGGUCCGACCCCACCAUUCAAAUCGACGCCCUGGCCAAGAAGCUGAAGCUGGAAUGCAGAACCAUCUCCAUGGGGCAAGGCCAAGAAGUGCACGCGCGGAAGCUGAUUCAGAUGUCCAUGCAGCAGGGGGGCUGGGUAUUGCUGCAAAACUGUCACCUCGGCCUGGAAUUCAUGGAGGAGCUGCUGGAGACCAUCAUGAACACCGAAGCCAGCGAUGAGUCCUUCCGCGUGUGGAUAACCACCGAGCCCCACGACCGAUUUCCGAUCACCUUGCUCCAGACUUCUCUCAAAUUCACGAACGAGCCGCCCCAAGGGGUCCGCGCAGGCUUGAAGAGGACAUUCGCCGGAAUUAACCAAGACCUCCUGGACAUCAGUAACUUGCCCAUGUGGAAGCCGAUGCUCUACACAGUGGCGUUCUUACACUCCACCGUGCAGGAGCGCCGCAAAUUCGGCCCCUUGGGAUGGAAUAUUCCCUAUGAGUUCAAUUCUGCCGACUUUACAGCCAGCGUUCAGUUUAUUCAGAAUCACCUUGAUGAAUGCGACAUUAAAAAGGGUGUAUCGUGGAGUACAGUUCGGUACAUGAUUGGAGAAGUGCAAUAUGGAGGCAGAGUGACAGACGACUUUGAUAAACGUCUACUUAAUUGCUUUGCUAGAGUCUGGUUCAGCGAGAAGAUGUUUGAGCCCUCGUUCUGCUUUUACACCGGAUAUAAAAUCCCCCUCUGCAAGACCUUGGACCAGUAUUUCGAGUACAUCCAGUCGCUGCCCUCCCUCGACAACCCCGAGGUCUUCGGGCUCCACCCGAACGCCGACAUCACGUACCAGAGUAACACUGCUUCCGCUGUUCUCGAAACAAUUACCAACAUUCAGCCCAAGGAGAGUGGAGGAGGAGUGGGCGAGACCCGGGAAGCCAUUGUCUACAGGUUGUCAGAAGACAUGCUGAGCAAGCUGCCUCCAGAUUACAUUCCACACGAGGUGAAAGCUCGCUUGGUCAAGAUGGGACACCUUAACUCCAUGAACAUAUUUCUCAGACAGGAAAUCGACAGAAUGCAAAAGGUGAUAACAAUACUCCGCAACAGCCUGAGCGACCUAAAAUUAGCCAUCGAAGGGACCAUCAUCAUGAGUGAGAACUUGAGGGAUGCCCUGGACAACAUGUACGACGCUCGCAUACCUCAGAUCUGGAAGAGGGUGUCCUGGGACUCGUCCACCCUGGGCUUCUGGUUCACCGAACUUCUGGAGAGAAACUCCCAGUUUUCUAUCUGGAUAUUUGAAGGGAGGCCCAAUGUGUUCUGGAUGACUGGCUUCUUCAAUCCCCAAGGCUUCCUGACAGCCAUGCGGCAAGAAGUGACCCGCGCCCACAAAGGCUGGGCCCUGGACUCGGUGACCAUCCACAAUGAAGUUCUGCGGCAGACCAAGGAGGAGAUCGUGGCACCCCCUGCGGAAGGAGUGUAUAUCUAUGGGCUGUACAUGGACGGCGCGGCCUGGGACAGACGCAACGGGAAGCUCACGGAGUCCACGCCCAAGGUGCUCUUCAUGCAGCUGCCCGUGCUGCACAUCUUCGCCAUCAACUCCACGGCGCCCAAGGACCCCAAGCUGUACGUGUGCCCCAUCUACAAGAAGCCCCAGCGCACCGACCUCACCUUCAUCACCGUGGUGUACUUGCGGACCGUGCUGUCCCCAGAUCACUGGAUCCUCAGGGGAGUGGCCCUCUUGUGUGACGUCAAGUAAGUUCA